GGAAACCUUUCUCUCGGUCAUGAAGACUUCAAGCUAUUUGGAAAGGGUCAUUUUAAGUCAAUUAAACCAAAGGUCGAGGAACAAGUGGACAGAAUGGAAUUGGUUCGCCACACAGAUACUAUUACACACGAGAAGAUAAUCACAAACAAUCCCAGCCUUGACAAUAUAUUGAAUCUCGCAUUUGAAAAAAAAAUGGAGGGGAUGGAAGCAGAUAUUGAGGAGUUGAAAAGAGGUACUGAAGAGUCGAAAAGAGAUAUUGAGCUGUUGAAAAUAGAUACUGAGGAGUUGAAAAGAGAUUCAGAGGAGUCAAAAAGAGUCUCGGAUCAAAUAAUCGAGAGGCUGGAAAGAGAUAAGAAGAAAACAUAUAGAGAGAAGAAGCAAGGAUAUAUCGGAGAGACAGUCAGCAUGCGAAAUCGACUAAUUCGAAUGACGUCAUCCCGUGUACCCCUUCAGCAGCAGCAACAAAAUGAGCCAAAGUGGAUGGCAAUCGCUAGAAAGAAACGAAACUACUCGGCACAUGAACCUGAUUUGAACACAGUGUUGAUGCUAGCCUGCGAAUAUCCCGACUUUUUUGAUAUUCUUUUCGAUACGAUAUACGGAGUACCAAAGAAUGAAACCAAACUUCUACUUGACGCGGACAAGACUGGCGAAAACCAAGUUUAUAAUAUCUUGGAUGACCGCGGGUCAGCUUUUCACAACCAUUAUGCCGAUACUUGUGUUAAGCCUUUCAAUUCAUGGUUAUCAGCAGUGCGCGGUCUUCAAGACAUACAAUCAGCUACAAUGAACAAAGCAUCCUCUGAUCACAAAAGUUGCGUUCGAAAACAAAAGUCUGAAGUCCAGAAAUUAGUUCGAGAAUGGGAUACAGCUUUUAAAGAGGACGAGGCGAAGAGAGAUACCGGAAAUAAAAAGUGUCAAAAGAUAAUUUGGGAGGAUUACUUAGAUAGAGGUCUGCUUCCACUCAUAAAGGAGAGUAUAGGGUGAAGAAAGGUAAAGUUUCAGGAAAACAAGGGAAUGAAGUAGAGGAAAGUGAGGAGAUAUCGUCUUCAUAAUGAUAUGAAAUACAAACAAUGGAUAUGUAACGUGGAUGGUUAGAGAGGAGUUGAACAUGGAUAACCGUUUUGGUUGAUUACAGUCAGUACUCUUAGUACACGGGGAGGGAUAAUAUGAAGUGCACAAAGGUUUGGUUUUCAAUAGGUAUCAAGUCAAUGACAAGUAUGGUUGGUUAUAGAUCAAGUGUUUAGAAUGUUUAGAAUAUUUUUAUUUUCAAGAAGUUUAUAUAAUGUUGAAAUGGGAUGUUGAAUUAAAUAAGAGUACCGAGAUCAAGUGAGGGAAUUCGAUCGAAAAAAAUGAUAGAAGAAUUAUUGAUAGAAUCACAGAAGGAUAGAAUCUGAAUCCGUUGGAUCGGCUGUAUAACAUUAAGUAUCAUGCAUGGGGGAAGCGAGAAAGAGUGGAGGGGAAGAUGGGCGUGCAGCUUCGCUCAGGUGCAGGGUUUAAGGAUGAUAGAAGAGAAAUUCAAAUAGUGCA